AUCUGGACGAAACAAAUGCAAGAGAAAAUCUUUGUAGUCUGUCAGUUUUUAGAUAACUGAUCGCUUUUAGAGUGAGGUCUGUGCAUACUGACAGGAAAGAGGCAAUUUAAAGGGACCGGACUGAAAGGAACUAUAAAAACAAAGUGGGAAUUGAGAAUGCGAGAGAGAAAAAACAGCAAACGAUUGUUCAAGAGGUUGUUCCCACAGCCCCAUGGGAGGGCAGUUCACAGGACCCUGCUCUUCUGGACGCGGUGACUUCUUGCCAGGCAGCAGGAAAGCACUCAGCAGCGGGAAUGGGGAAAGCCCUCCGUAGCUUUGGAUAAAGCUCGCUUUGGCAUUUUUACCCUGUCAGGACAUGGCUACUGCAUUUGCAAUGUGGCCAAGAGCGGAGUGAGGACAGCACAUUGGCCAUGGUUUGUGGGCACGGCCCCAGGUGCCGCAGGCUUUGUCGCCCUCGCCCCUUCCUUCUGGCCCUGGUGGUGGCCGUCUGCCUGUUCUGCCAGACCCUGACUCCCCUCGUGACCAACAGCUUCCUUUCAGCGGUUGUUAACGGGAUCUCCCCGAACAAACAGAGUAAAACACGGCAAGGAAGAUACAAGGAGGUCGCAGCCAGCGACACACGCUGCUUCUUCCCCAUCAGUGAUUCACACACAUUGAAAAAGAUUGAAGACACUGUUCUCCAGUACUUUGGAAGCCGUACGAGAAGAGCAAUUCUGUACGCACCUCCUGCCCACAGCAAAACUGAGCAUCAGCUCUAUCAACGCAUCCUGGCAAAGCAUGGAUAUUCAGUCACGGUCCUUGAAAACAGGAGAUUGGUGGAAGACCUGAGACAUGAGGGCCCUUAUCACAGUAGCAUAAGCCCUUGGGAUCUUCUGAUCUGCUUAUCUUCCACAAAAGAUGAUGAUACUAGCUGCAUUCAGAGAGAUGACUUGCAUCAACUGGAGUUAUUCCAGAAGGUAAACCUACUUCCAGAAAUUCAGUAUUUCCUUUGCAGUAAAGAGGGAUUGUGCCAGAUAACAAAAGCCUUUUCAGACAUGCAGCUCUCAAUUGCCACCCCAGGAUGCUCCAGUUGGCACGGGCUGUCGGGGGACAACACUGCAAGCAACAUCACCCACGGCGGCAAAAACAAUGUCAAGAAACACAUUGCCCAUCUGCAGUACUUAUGGAGCCAAACCAAUGGAGCACAGCUGAAUCAAGUGUCAGCUUCAUCAGACCACAAGGAUAUCCUUAAAGCUCAAGACCUUUCUGUCAUCAUAAAAGCAUACGUGCUAGUUACAUCCUUAACACCUUUGAAGGCCUUUCUUCAUUCAGCUGCUACUGUCUGGCAUCCACCCAAAAAGAAGCAUUUUUCUGUAAAGCUGCAAAGGUUUUUUGAGAUGUUCUUCAAAAGCAGUUCUCCCCAACAAGCCUUUAACAACAUGAAAGAAGCUAUAAGCAAACUUCUACUUAUAACUGAGGUCCUCAGUGAAUCAUCUGCCUCAGGACCAGGCUCUUUCAAUCAGUGCAGCCAAUGUUUUCAAAUGCUGACUUUUGACAUUGGGUUCAGCACCUCCCUACACCCCAUAGUUCUUCAGGUGCAUAAAAAUUUUGACUUUCAAGAUGAGGAGAAAUCAAAUCUUCAGGACCAAACUUUCAAAGAAGCUAUUUUUGAAGACACUUUUAGACUUCUGUUGUCUAAUAAGUCCUCAAGUUCCAGUUUCAUAGAAGCUUUACAAAACAUAUAUGGAUCAACUGUUAGCAAGGAUGGAAUCUUCCUCAAAGAAGUUGGACAAUGUUUGUCUUUAGAGGAGAUAAAUUCAAUGAUGACAUUUGUUAAAGAGGUGAAGAAUCUUGGACAAUUUGAGCUGCUUUACCCUUCUGCUGCACCCAAGAUCCAAACUUUACUGCGUGACCUUUAUCACAUGGUAGACCCAAUGAGACGACUUGGUUCAGUCCUGACUGUACAUUGGUUGCUUUUCAGUUUGCUUGAACAAUUCCAGUUCAUGACCAAAGAGACACAUACAGAUCUUUCAGAAUGGAGAAGGAAGAAGAGCUCUAUAAAUUCAUCUCCAACUGCAAUGAAAUGGUUACAGCCCAGGAAUUCUUCUCAAGAAAAUGUGAUUCCAAAGCAGAACUUUCAUUUUCGCUUGUGGAAGAAUCAUGAAGCAUUGCAUUAUUCCAGUAAGACUAAGGAAAUUCAGUGCAGUUAUGAUAAAGAUACCCUAUCUCAUAUCAGGCAGAUCUUCACCAGUCCACAGCUGGACUUGAAUCCUCAGUUUAACCCAAAAAUCAAGGAGUACUAUGCAGAAGUCCCAUUUGACGUGGUAACAGUGAAGAUUGGAGCAGAGCCUUCUAACUGUCAGUGCCAAGUCCACCUUGAUGAGAUGAAAGGACCAAGCAUUGCUAACUACCCACUUGGCCUUGGAUUGAACAAAAUUGUUGUUCUUGUAACAGUUGAUUCGCAGCCCAGUCCUCAGGUUGUGAGCAGCUAUAAAAUCAAAAUUUAUCGAGAGGACCGCCCUAGUCUGCCUUUGUUUGAUGACUAUAUGAUAUGUGGUUUUGUGCAGGACUGUGGUUCUCAAAUUCAUCCAGAGGAGUCCUGUGGCCUGCAGCCUCUGUCUCAUGAGUACCUGUCUGCAAUUUCACAGACUGCACUGAAGACCUGUGAAGCUGGAGAUGCAAAAGGGCAGUGGAUUGUCCCUUGCCUCAGCUGCUCUGACAACAGAACCUGUGACUGGAGAGAAAUAAUGUGGCAGCCCCAUGGCUGCCAAUACUCCGUGUUUGAUAAGCCUGAGCUCCAGCAGUGUGUGGAAGGCAGAAAGAUUCUUUUUAUAGGUGACUCAACUAACAGAGGGAUGAUGUACUAUCUAAUAGAAAGAGUGAAUGAGACUCUUCAGGAAUGGCAAAAGACUCAUGAUGUUAAAUGUUAUGAUAAUAUCAACGAGGGAAAAACAUUUAUCAGUUACUCCUACUAUCCCCAGUUUUGGAUGACUGCAAACCAGAGACCAACUUUUGAAAAAGCGCUAGAACAGCUGCUGCAGAGAUCACGUCCGCUGGAGAACACAGACCAGACCGUACUAAUUGUAGGUGGCGUUCAGUGGCUUAAUUCCAAUCACCUGCAAAUUAUCCAAAAGGUGUUGAACAGAGAAAAUCUAUCAAAUAUCCUGGUAAUUAUCAAAUCCAUAGGGAUGGGCUUUCACCUCCCAGUGGAUGGAAUACAUUCUUUAUCACAGGCAGAAGUACAAAACUUGUGGAAUGAAAACUUGGUUAUCUUGGAGACAGCAAAAACAUAUGGCUAUGAAGUUGUUGACACAUUUAUCAUCACAAUGGGACGAUACAAAGAAUUCCUGCGGGGGAAGUGCGGGUGUCAUUUCCAUGAGGUGGUGAAAUACAAUCCUUCUGAAGAAAGUCCACACAUAACAAUGACGUUAUCGAGGCACUAUACACUGGGGAAAUAUUUCAGCAGUCAAAGCAAGCUAUCACAACUGCAGGACUAUGCAUCAAAUUCUCGGUCCCCAUAUCAUGUCCAAGGUCCAAUAAAUCAAGUUUAUUCUGAAAUCCUUCUGAACAGGCUCUGUGCAAGUAAGCGGGGGCUUGUUAGCACGUAGCCUCUCCUGAAUGUAGCACUAGGACUGGAGAUAUGCCACUAUGUGAGUGACAUAGAAAGACCAUGCUGAAUUUAUGAGACACUUCCUUGAUUGCCUGCACAUGUACCAACAGAGUUUGAAACAUGGCAUUUUUCCUAACAUGUUAUGAAAUCAAGAUACAACAUUGGAGUUUUGUGGUUUCAAAAUGGAAGAUGGAGGGAUGCAAAGAGAGAGCAGAGGGGAAGUUACUUGAACUGUUGCCAAAUGCUAGAACAGCUGUAGCUCAAGCAACUGUUUAUUAAUGAUAGUAAAGAGAGAGAAAUAUAUACACUUGAACAAUUUGGAAAGGAUUGCUUUAGCUCUUACGCACUAUAUAAUUUUCUAUUUAUAGAGACACUGUAAUAUUUGAAUGUAUUUAGAGACUGGUUACAUUCCAUUUUAAAGAGUUUUAUUUUAUGUGGAUGGGAUCCCUGUCAGUAUCAAAACUUUUCUAUUUAGACACUUGGUUUAUAGAAUUUGAAAGUGCCCUUUUGAACUUCAGUGUUUUUCCUGGAAACACUUCCCUUCUUUGUAUGUUAAAUGCAACAGAUGUCUACUCUAUUUUUUGCAUUUUCUAAUGUUAAUAUAGAAAUAGAUUUCUUAGAAUUGAGACUGAUUAUAAUUGUCUUAAGGUAACAUGUAAAUUCGGUGACUAUGUUAACAGACUUAUUUAAGGUCACAGUUUAGAUGAAUGGCCAUAUGCAGGAAGGCUGCCCUUCAUCACUUCCUAUUGCAGAAGGCAGAACACAGAAAGGCUGCACCAUCCUCACCAGCACUGUGACAGUAUUUAACUCUGGCCAGAUGACCAUAACAGAUACUUUAAAAAAAUAUCUGAUCAAUCCAGGACCUGAUACGUUUUGGCACAACAACAAAUGUCUUAAGAGGAAGCAGUAUUGUUUUCGUAUGAAUUAAAAGCAUGAAGAUCAAUUGAAAAGUAAAAAAAUAAAAAAUAAAUAAAUAAAAAAUCAAGUACGCACUAGAGAGGGGAGUCAGAACCAGGUAAGUAUGAGUCUAAUAAAGGCUCCACUGGAUUCUCUGGCUUGCUUCCCCCUUCACAAAUUUACAUAUAAUUCUCCACUUGCUUCCACUCUCUUUGGAAAAGGAAGCCAUAAGCAAUGUCAGUGAAGAUACCAAUUAUAUCACAAAACUAAUUACUAUCUUCUUGGCCUUUGUAGCAAAGAGGGGCUGCCAUAUGUAGAAAUAAGACUAGAAAUUAAUGACACCACAUUUAGAGUUCACCAACAAGAUCUUUAAACACAGUCUGUAUUCCCAGCUACAGUAUUGUGAAUUCUUGCUCCUUUGGAUAUGUGAAGUCAUGCAAUUUGGAGUCCUGUUUUCCUAAGUAGUCAGAAGAUUCUCAGAAAGAGGAUUUGGUACCGUCUAAUCUAGGAGACCUCCCACAAUGUUAACAAAGCUUCUAGUUUAGGCAAUGACAUUAUUAUUAGUGAGACAGCGUGAAUAUAUAUAUGUGUUUCUCUAUAAUAUGCUGCUGCUAUGCUUACAGUAAAUGUCCCUGAAUUUCUACAUAAGGUUUUUCCUGAAAUAGAGCAUUAUAGGAAAGACAGAGUCAGGAGCUGUACAUAAAUACUGCAGAUGUCAGUAUUUGAGACAGGGUCAGGAGCUGUACAUAAAUACUGCAGAUGUCAGUAUUUGGUUUUGAGCAAUGUGAUUUUCUAAGGAAUAUAAUUGUAUGCAAAUGCCAUAAGAUAAUAAGCUUGGGUUUGGAACUGUGCACAAGCAAAAAAACUGCACAAGCUUUAAGUCAAGAGCUUUCAUAUUAUGCCAUUAGUAUCAGUUGAUGCAAAAGGCAGCCAGAUAUAAUUGUCAUUGAGAUCAACAGUGAUAGGAGUAGUACAAUUCUGCUUCUUUAAGAUUAUCUUUGCUCAUUUAAAUUCACAUGCUGUGGCUGCUAUUGUUAUGUACACAAAUGUUUUUAAGGCAUAACCUGUGUUUAUGUGUUUGUGGUUUGUUUUUAAUCAAAGAGUAUGGCUGAAGCAUCAGCUACAGUGAGAAAAAGAGCUGACUUCGUCAUACUGUAGCUGAUAUUGGCAAAUGUGCAAUUCAUCACUUCCAGUUUCACCACAAAAUGGUUUACAUGUGCUGUACACACAGAUGUCUUAAUGUUUUCCAAAUCUUAAUAUUUUUCAAAUGUAGCAAGUUGGAAUUCUUCUGUAUGUCUGCUAUUUUUUAUGUAUCUGUGUAGGUAUUUACUUGUGUACAAAUUUAUUGUUACAAUGUGCAAACCAAUGUUUAUUUAAAUGAGUUGUUUGAAUAUAUUUUUUUAUCACUGUAUAUGAGCCAUGUAAUGUUAGGAAUAAACAAAGGGAACGCAGGUGCCAAAAUAGAUUUUUCACUAUUUCACUCAAAAUAUAUAUCUAUUAUCUAGAGGUACAUGAAAGAAGAGAUUUGAGAUUGACAUGGAAACACUGCUUGUUCAUACACAUCAAAAUUAAGACUAGGACAAUAAAAGGAUUACUCUGUCUGAA